AUGGAAGCUCUUGAUGACAAAGACAUUGCAUCUCAUCCAGCACAGUGCCUGGUAUAUGCCUACUCGUUCAAGGUGGUGCUGCUCGGGGAAGGCUGCGUGGGGAAGACGUCGCUGGUGCUGCGCUACUGCGAGAACAAGUUCAACGACAAGCACAUCACCACGCUGCAGGCAUCAUUCUUAACAAAGAAGUUAAAUAUUGGUGGGAAAAGAGUAAACCUUGCUAUAUGGGAUACAGCAGGUCAAGAGAGAUUCCAUGCAUUGGGUCCAAUUUACUACAGAGAUUCAAAUGGAGCUAUUUUAGUGUAUGAUAUAACAGAUGAAGAUUCUUUUCAGAAGGUAAAAAACUGGGUCAAAGAAUUACGGAAAAUGUUGGGAAAUGAAAUCUGUUUGUGUAUAGUUGGUAAUAAAAUAGACUUGGAGAAGGAGAGACAUGUUUCCACUCAAGAAGCAGAAUCGUAUGCAGAAUCUGUGGGAGCAAAACAUUACCAUACUUCAGCCAAACAGAACAAAGGAAUUGAGGAACUCUUUCUUGACCUUUGUAAAAGGAUGAUAGAAACAGCACAGGUGGAUGAGAGGGCAAAAGGCAAUGGCUCCAGUCAACCAGGAGCUGCAAGGCGAGGUGUACAGAUCAUUGAUGACGAACCUCAAGCCCAGAGCGGUGGCGGAGGGUGCUGCUCUUCCGGAUAACUGUUCACCCCUAAGAAAUUAAAAAAAACAAACUGUGGAUCAUUGCUCUCAACAUGAAGACUGCCAUAUUCCAAGUCACAUUAUUUUACCAAUGGAAUUAUAGAAUUAACAGUAUUUUAAAUUACGUUUAUAACACUGCAGAGACCUUAAGUGCUAAACUUAGUGGAGUUUGUGACCAGAGAAUUGGCAUUUUCUACAAAUGUUAACAAAGCAAUUACCAAUGGCCUUUUUACAUAUUUUUUUCUUUAAUAAGGAAUAAUAUGCAUGUAGAAAAGACCUACUUAAAGGCUUCAUUUAUAUUCUUUUAAAUCAAAUCUUUAUUUAAUAACUUAUAUAUGUUGUUGGAAUGGUAUACAUUUUUGCAGUCCUUUGUAUUUUGUGGUAGUUUGAAUUGUAUCACUUCUAAACAGCAAACUGUUUUUGUUUUCAUUUUUUUAAAUUAGCAGAUACCUGAAGUACUAUUUUUGCAGGGUUUGCACAAGCCCCUAACUGUCUACUACUUUGAUAUAAUCUAUAUACAUCCUGUAUGCUGAGCUGGUAAAAUACAUUGUAAAUUACAUAUUAAAUAUUUUAUCUGCUUUUACAAGCGCAAGGUGCAAAAAUAUAUACAGUAGUCUUAUGACUGUAAAGUGAAUUAACAUUUGGUGAUAAUGCCUAAGCUUUUUGACUCUGAUAUAAGGAUCAUAGCUCCCCUUCACUUUUGUCUUAACUUGAGAGUGGCGUGUUUAAAUUUUCUCACUUACUUUACUUGAAUUAUCGCUGUUGUCACAUUUUUUUUUGCCUCUGUAAAUCCAUCUGAUGGUUGAACAACAGCAUUUGCCUUUUGGUUUGGGGUUUCUGUUUGUUUUUUGUUCCUUUGGGUUUUUUGUUUUGUUUUGUUUUUUGGGGUUUUUUUUGGAUAAAAGAGGUGACUUCUGCCGAUUUUGCUUUAGAAUGGUUACCUUAGAAGUAUUUGAGUGGAGAAUGCCGAGUUUCACUUCUGCAAUGGCUUUAGUUUUCUCUUAUGUUUUAAUGUGAGAUGGAGUCACUGGUGUGAGAAGAGAGGAAGAAGUCUCGGAUAGUAGCCACUCAGCCAGACUCAUUUGUACGGCAUGUUAGUGAGUCUCCGCUCCUGAGGCAGCACUUUUAGGUCCUCUGUGAGCAAGUGUUAUUUGUUCGUUGCUUGCCAGAGAUGAACACAGAAAGUUUUGUUUCAUUUUAUAAGAGCUAUCCUUCUGAGUUUCUUUGAAGGGAAACAGUUCAAGUAAUGCAGUUAUAGCGAACACUGGAAAGAUUUAUUAUAAAAUUAUAUUCUUGUAUACUUUGUAAAUUAGUCUCUCAGUAGGUUUUUUUUUCCCUUAAGUGUAGGACUGAACUUAAAUUUGUUAAUUUUAAUAGAAUCAGGCACUGCUCACAGAAGGAACACAAAUUGUGGAAAUUAACAUAAAUUGUUCUUGUUCUAAUAUAUAUAUUUUUCCAUUUCUGUCAUGCUUGGAAAACUAGUAAAUGUUACGUCUAAGAUAAAAUGGAAUGGUCCCUGGAUUUACUUCUUUUAAGAAGCAGUAGUAUGCAAUAAAGUUGUUAGCAUGAGCAAUUAAGAGGAUUAAAGAGGUUAUAGUUACUGAACAGGUAACUUUCGCAGAUGGGUUAAAGUUGAACAGAUUGAAACCUUGAUGUUAAGAUAUUAGAAUUUUAACUUAGUAUUAAGCAUUCUGUAAGUCCUCAUUUUACCUUUAAUUAUUGUCCUUGCCAGACUGAACACACCACCUUUCUGUCGUCUGUGUUUGGGGGGGGAUGGGAUGGGAAGAGUUGGCAGGAAGAUAAGAUAAAAUUGUCUUCUUUUAUGGGAUGACUGUGUAGUCUCUUGGUUUCCUGUGAAGUUACUAUCUAUGCAGUGGCUGGAAAGAGGCAGGGGAAAUCAUGAACGCAGAUCCAGGAAAAAUUGGUUUUGCCCUCCUGGUUCUUUUAGUGGAGUAAAGAAGCCUUGCCAUUUCUACUGUUGUAGAUGGACAUGGGAAAUAAGCUCUUCUCCACUGGAGUGAAGUAUGUUUUUAAAAAUAAUUAGAGAUGAAAUUGAGCUUUAUUCCAAAACAUAAAGUCAUAAAGCCUGAUAAUUAGAGAGUUGUACCCUCGAUUUUUGACCCUAUAUUGAUACAAAGUCCAGCUAGAAGCUUCUGCUCCAGAGUUGCCAGAUAAUUAUGGAUGGGGUACAACCACUCUCCAUGUUUUUUGGGUUUUUUUUCGCUUUAUUCUCCCCUGGUUUCCAUGUGUCUUUCUUAACCUCAAGCAUUUCAUUCUUCUUUUUUUAACUUGUAAUUUAAACUAACUCAGUAGCAGCAAUAGAUACGAUGGUAUACCUGUCCUUGCCCUGAAGCCCAAAAGGUCUUGAGGUAGGAAUAGGGUGAAAGUCUAAUGAAAGAGGACCAGUCAGUUGCAGACUGUAUACAAGGAAAGAUAAAGAGAUGAUAAACCAAGGCUGAGGAAGUUUCUCCGAUAGUUCUUCACCUCUCUAAUGCGUACCUUCUGUGUUCCUGUCCUUAUAGUUGUGCUGUUAGGAAGAAGACAGUUACCGUCUUGUGUAUUAUCAGUAGUAGGUGGGUAGAACCAAUAUAUUUUUCAGCUAGUUAAGUGUAUACUCUUAGUAUAUAUAAUUAAAAAUUGGUUUAAGAUAGUCAUUAAAAAAGUAUCUGAAUAUUAAAAGUAUACUUUUCUGUUUCUGUUAUGAUGAUGGGUAUUUUGCUUCCUGUUUUGCAUUGUGAUAAUGGAGGAAGAUUGUUGUUUUUAUAAAUGUAGAUUGCAACAAUUUUGAGGUAAACAGUAAUCUGAAAAGAAACAAGCAUCACGUUACUGUAUGAAACACGAGUGUCCGAAUUUGUUUUGUUCUGGGGAUAUCUCCUGAAAAAUAUCCUAAAGCUAUGGCUGUUACAGCUAAAUUGAAAUCUUUUAAAAAAUAUUAGCCAUAUAUUAUUAGUGGUUACUUUUUAUUUGGCAUUAAAAGAAGAGUAAUAUUUCAUUUUCAGAUUUUCUGUGAAAAAAAGAUAAAAUUUGGGGUAGGGAAGAUGGUAGUAAACAGUAGAAUGGGAGUCAGGUAGAUAUGAAAUUCCACAGCGUGACAAUUUUUAAAACCAUUUUGAAAUCUACACUUUAUUCAAUAGUUUCUAAAUAAGGCAAGCUAAAUAAGGCAAGUUAUGCAUUGUGCCAGCUAUUUAGAACGUUAAAAAAAUGAAUUGUUCUGCUGUUUAUUUCUUUUAAAAGAUGAUUUACGAUUUUUUAUAUUGUAAAUGCUACCAGGAAUCUAGAUCAUUAUCUGCAGGCGGUGUAACUUAACUUAUUUAUAAUUACCACAUACAUUAUCUCUGGAAGGAUUUGAUCUGUGCCUUUGACUUUUGAAAUUUAUCUUUUGACCUCUGUUUGCCAUUACAAUUUUCAGUUUUCUUUAUAAAUACAGUGUGAUAAAGAGGGAAUACUUAAUUUGUGACCAUUUAAAAUGUUGAGAUCUUCUAGAAAAGGGUGUAGAUAGUAGUGACCUGCAAGAACAUUAUAAUAAUUUCUAAAGAUAGACUGAGUAGAUCCUUAAGUAUUGUCUUCUAAGUUGCACAAUGCAUUACCUAGAUUUUAAUAAUUAAAAACUGGGAUUUGUUGAACAUAUAUAUUUACUUGAUUUCAUAAUAGGCAUUGAUUCUAGUAAGUUGCUGUUCUAUAAUUUUUAAUCAACUAAAGCAGAGUAAUAUAUUUGGGGGUGUGGGCCAGAAUUCAUGCUACACCUACGUCCGACUUUGAUGGCUGUUCCCUUUUCAGGAAAAGAAGUUAAUCACAAUUCUGAGCAAGAUUUCCCAAAUGUAACUACUUUAGUACUAAUCAUAUGUAAUGAAAAAAUUUAGAAAUACUCUUAAAAGACACUCCAAUUUUAAGCAAAAAGUGCUUUGCUUCUAAACAAAUACCACUUUAAUUUGAUAGACUGCUUGUGCUCUUUGGGGUUUAUAUAUCAUCUUUUUUCUGAGGAAGCUGAGUGUGCUUUUGAAUGUUAACCUUUUUACUGCAACGUUUUUUCCUGCAGUAGAUAAUGGACAUGGCAAGUUUAUGUUAAAUGGCACACCCAGAAAGAAUCUUGUUCUUAUAGCAUCUUGUCCUUUUCAGAACACUGUACAUAUUCCCAGCUGCAUUACGUUAAAGCCAAAAGAUGGACCUGGCUACUUAGAUGAUCUUCAUUCCCACUGUGUCAGUUCUCACUUUGAGUUUGAUUCUUCCUGGCAACUGUAUCAUCUCUUCAUUAUCAACUGCUCAAGAAAAAGCUAAUAGGAUUUCCUUGAAUUUGAACUUGUGUAGAGCAAUGAGAGAAAAGUGAGGGAUAGCAGGGGGAAAGUGUGAUAAUGUUGAAAACCAGACAUAAGUGGUAUUAGCUAGACUGUACCUUAAGUGGUAGCAAGCUAUUUUAAGGUAACUGUACUUAGUACUUCCCUAGAAAUUGGAAGGUUCCUCAGUUUUUAUUUAAUUAUCUAAGACUAUAUUCUAGGAAGAAUAAAAAAUACAGACACUGUGGAAGUGCCUCUUGGGUACCACUCCUAAUUGGUAACAGUUGUUCUAUACUGUAUACUCUUCAACCUCCUUUUUUCUAUGCAUUUAUAUACAUACAUAUUUACCUAUAGAAGUACAGUUUUGUGCAUUUGAAAGUUUUACAUAAAUUGUGUCUUACUGUGCAUAUAUUUUGCAGCUUGCUUUUUUUCUUACCAAGUCUAGGAGCGCUCAUGUUGAUACAGUUUAUUUUCUCCCAGAUCUCUUCAGGUGUGUUUUGGCUUUUAAAAUAACUUCUGACUCUCCAUAAAACCCUCCCCAAAGGAAUGCGCUCAAUUAGGUGGAUUUCAUUAGAAUCAGAAUUUAAAUGCAAGCCAGUGCUUACCUAAGAUAGAACCACGGUCUCUCUUAAGCACGUGCGUCAGGAAAUUAGAAAGGCAUCUGCCUACAAUUCAUUUAAGUAUUUUACUUUUGGCCUACUGUUGACUGAUAUAUAAAAUUCAGUAAUUAACUUUAGCAGAUUUUUCUUUAUUCAGAAUAGCUUUUGAUUUGAGGGAAAAAGGGAAAAGAGGGAAGAUAUAGUUGAGAGGGAAAGAGAACAGGGUAAACUAAAGCAAGUCUUAAAAUACAACUUUGAGUAGCUACAUCACACAUGACUUCAUGCUCCCAGAACUUAACACUUGUUUGAUCUGUGCCUUUAAAACAGAAAAAGGAAAAGCCUAGUGGGUGGGGGUAUAGCUCAGUGCAUAGAGCACAUGCUUAGCACGCACAGGGUCCUGGGUUCAAUCCCCAGUACCUCCAUUAAAAAAUAAAAUUUAAGUGGAUAAAAGUCCUUUUUCAUCUCCUACCACCGUCCCACAUCCCUCUUUAGAGGUAAUCAUUGUUAACAAUUUGGUGUGUGUCUAUAUCUCUUACAUAUGUUUUAAUUUAUAUUUGAUCUUUAUAGAUUUUGAGUUCCCUGAAAGCAGUUUCUACCUGAUGUCAUGUUCUGUCCUCAAUCAGCUGACCAACUUCCCAAGAAAAACCAGAAUCACUUUUUGUUUAAGGAAAGUUAAAUCAGUGGUGACAGUUCUUAAACUAGAAGUUAACUACCUGACUCUUAAGAUGUUUUAUGUUUAUUGUAAAUUAAGCUUAAAGAGUAACGGUAGCAUUCUAGGAAAAGUCAACUUACCGAUUUAUGUCCCCUGUGAAAACAGGGCUGGGAGAGAGGGUUGAGCAAGUCCAAGGUCCUUAGUACAUGUGUAAUUCUGGGUUGAGCUCAUUCUCUUGGUACGUUUUCCUACGUGGGGAGCGCUGUAAUGUCCCCAGCAAUUACUUCAUGAGUCCUUCUCUGCAUUGUCAAGGCUGUAGCUUAGCAUGUGAGUGCUGUGACACAAAGGUAAAUGUGUGUGCCCUGGCUCAGCAAAUUUAUUCACAUUUGACUUUUAAUGAAAAUAAUUCAGAAAGAAAAUUAAGCACAAGUUUACAUGAUUUUGUUAAUUGUUUCCAUAUGAUCUUUAAAAUAAUUCAGAACGCAUUCUGUUCAUCAUGGCGGUUCUCUCAAUUUUACUCAUUUAUUGAGUUCCCAGAGCGCACAGCAGGGGAACCAGCCUUCCUUUAUAGUUAGAGCUCAGAGACGGGGACCUGUUGACCUUUGACCAUAGUCUAUGAUGUAAGUAGUUUAUCUGUGGAUAUGAGGUCAACCAAACACACAUGUGCACAUUUCUGUAUUUGAUAAGUACAUACCAGUCAAACUUUUGGGGUGUGGUAAUUAGAAUGACAGUAGUUGAAGUUGAUAGUGAUUUUGAGGUAAAGCUGGACAGAAUGAUUCUGAGUCUUGCAAAUGAUACAUUUUCAAGCCAGGUUAAAAUAGAAUAACUUGUUUUCUAGCUUCAAGUGGCAAUUAAAUGAUCCUCGAAUCCAAAUUGCUUUCCCAAAUUUUGGGGUAGCGUUGAAGAAACAGAUGCCUUUUGCUUGUUUACAUGGCUGCUUUUUUUUUUUAACCUAGAAAAAAUGCAUUUUAAAAAGCAGUUGUAUUGUUUCUUUGCCUUUGACAGAUGUUGCCUUGCUGCCAGAUAGUAACCUAGGACACAAUCCAUUCCUGAGUCAUAGACCCAUUUAGGGAGUGUGACAUAGCAUAAUACAUGUAUUUGUAAAUGCACUUUCCAGUUUGAGGGUAUAGGUCCCCUUUUCCCUAUGUGAACUUGAAGACAUAGUUCAGUACGAAAGCUUAAUGAAUACUUGGACUUUUCUGAUAAUCUUCCCAGUGCCUUUAAAGAAUAUUUUUGAUGUUAUAGUAUAAAAGGUCAAAUUAUUUAGGUCCCUUCUUGGCCCUUUUGGGGAGAAUAUAGAUUGAAAUCAUUGGUUUUUUUUUUUUUUAAAAAACAAAUUCCAUGAACCAGUUACCAAGAAGUAACUUUUAUUCAUCUGCAUUAACUCAUCUGCACAAAUUCACAAAAGGUUAAUACUUUUAAUGAUCUAGUGAUAGUUCUUCAAAAUGUAAAAGCCAUGUAAAGGAAAAACUAUAUAGCAGGAGCAAGAUGCCUUGAGGACUUUUGGCUCUCCUGGGUGACAAAAUUAUUCCUCUUGUCCAAAAACUAUACAAUAUAAGCCUCCCCCCACCAUGUUAAAUCCUAUAUCGGUAUUUUUAAACCUGAAAAUGUUAUUUAACUGAAGAAGUGGCAUUGCGUAGUUCCUCCCUGUCAAAGAUUUUGAGGCCAACAGUAGUGAUGCAAGAAAUUUAUUUAUGAAGGACCUAAUUUUGGAUGGACUGUAUUGAAGACUGUCAGGUAGAUGGCCUUGCUAAUUCACUGAGAACUCACCUUCAGUCUGUUGCCUUGAGGUUGGCAUUUGACAGUCCCUGCUCCUCAGCGCUUGGUUCGCUGAUUCACCAAAAGUACAGCUGGGCUGCUGCCUCAUCCAAUCAAAACUUUAAAAAAUUAAUAACUGAAUGUAGAAUUACUUACAGAGUAAUUGCCAGGUGUAAGCAAUUGUCAUCUAUGGACUGUGGAGCAGAGUUAUUCUAAAGUAAGGGGUGAGGGGAAUUUCCUUAAAUGUAGAACUAGGAGCUAAAGUUCAAGAGAGUGUGGUGUUGACUGAGAGCUUCAUUCAAUCUGGUAAGUGACUUUUAUUUGUCUUUUUCUAUAGAUAGUGAAUGCUAGGAAUAUGGGUGGGUUUAAUUAGAAAAAUAAAAUUUGGCCAGAUUUGUGAUUCAGAAUAUUAAGAACCAAGAGUGAAAAACAGCCAUUUUAAAGCAUACUAUUAAAGGAUCAUAGUAUUUGUAGUAGUGCUAAAAAAAAGAAAAAAGAAAAAAAAA